AUGGGCGAGGAGGAGAAGGCGAAGGAGGAGGCGGCCCCGGCGGACAAGGCCAAGGAGGUGGAGGAGAAGAAGGACGCGGGGGGAGGAGGGGAGGAGAAGAAGGAGGAGGCCCCGCCUCUUCCGCCGCCGCCGCCGGAGGAGAUGGUCAUGCGGGUCUUCAUGCACUGCGAGGGCUGUGCGCGCAAGGUCAAGAAGAUUCUCAAGGGAUUUGAUGGUGUUGAAGAUGUUAUUACAGAUACAAAGGCACACAAGGUGGUCGUUAAGGGGAAAAAGGCAGCUGCUGACCCAAUGAAGGUAGUGGAACGCGUGCAGAAGAAGACAGGCCGCAAGGUAGAGCUUCUCUCGCCAAUGCCACCGCCCAAAGAAGAGAAGAAGGAAGAGGAGAAAAAGGAAGAACCUGAGCCACCAAAACCCGAGAAGAAAGAGGAGCCCACGGUGCUCGCUGUGGUGCUCAAGGUGUAUAUGCAUUGUGAGGCCUGUGCGCAAGUGAUCAAGAAGAGAAUCCUCAAGAUGAAAGGAGUGCAGUCUGUAGAGGCAGACCUGAAGGCUUCUCAAGUCACUGUGAAGGGUGUGUUCGAGGAGGCCAAGCUGGCUGAUUAUGUGUAUAGGCGCACUGGCAAGCACGCUGCUAUCGUCAAGUCUGAGCCUGUUGCAGCUGAGAAUGUUGAUGAUGGAAAUGCCAAGGACGACAAGAAGGCAGCCGAAGGUGGGGAGGAUAAGAAGGAUGAUGGCAAGGAGGAAAAGAAAGAUGGUGGAGAUGUAGGUGGAGACGAGAAAGAAGCGGAUAAGAAGAAGGAUGAUGGCAAUGCUGGUGAUGAAGAAAAAGAUAAAGACCCUGGCGCCAUUGCUAACAUGUAUAUGCACUACCCAAGGUUCAAUCAUCCGAGCGGAUACGGUUAUGCCUACCAGUACCCGCCUCAGCUCUUCAGCGACGAGAACCCAAAUGCCUGUUCUCUGAUGUGA